UCAAAAUAAAUCCAAAUCGAUAUCUUUCAAAUGCACUAAACUUUGAAAUUAUGAAUCUCAAUCGAAAGUCAAUGCAUGCUGAAUUUAAAACACAGCUAUGGAUGUCAAGAUCGUGCAUUUUUCGACAGUUUUAUUCAUAUUUCACUCGGUUACUUCAUCAGAUGAUACAUCACAGAUUAAAAAUGUCAAAGAAAAUUUGGAAAAAAUCGAUAUCGAAAAUGGACUUGAUGUGUACGAAAAUGCGACUAUUCUAUCAACAGUAGAGAAAGGCGAAAAAAUGGACAUAACAGAUUACAAACUUCGCCUUUCAAUUCAGCUUUACAAUGACCUAAAUGAAAUAACUCAGCUGAGAUUAAAUACAAGCAAACAAAAUUCUAAAAUGAUAUAUGAUAUUGAAACCUUGCUUUACUCGGUUAGAAAAUCACUAGCGAAGGAAAACAAUCCGGAAACACUGGACGAUUUAUUUCUUUCGGUCGAGAAUCAAGGGAUAAUAAAAGAACUGGAAAAAUCGCUGAAUCAACUGAAAAACCUGAAAUUGAAAUUAUACGCAAUCACUGAAGAUUAUACCCGAUCAACGAUUCAUAAUGGUGUAUCGAAAGCCCUAAAACAAUUUUCACAUGACGAUUCCACAGAAGUACCUGUACAAAUGAGCUGGAAUAAAGACAUAAAUGAUGAAGAAGCGUUGCUGAAAUUCGAUAUUGAUCGGGAGUGUGACGAAUUGGAGAAACUUCGCAGAUUUUCCUUAAUGGUACAAGAUGAAUUGAAAGAAAUGCCAAGAUCGAAUAAUGGUAUCUCAGAAGAUAACAUGCAGUCGGAAUCCAAUUCACGAAACUCAUUACCCGAAAGUGCGACUGUACCAAUCUGGUUUCUCCAUGAAAAAGACAUCGAAGAGAUUCAACUCCAGUACGUAACGUGGACUUCAAUAUUCCAGCAGACUGAUAAAGAGGAAGUGAAUAUCAUGAAAAAAGAGAUUACGAAUAGAGGAUACUCAAUGGCACACUUCUGCAAAAUUUUAGCAGAAUAUUACAAUUUUACGACUAAAUUAUUGGAGUGUGCGUCGCAAGAAGACUCCGAAUGCCACAAAAUGGUAUUGGAAAUAAUAAAUCAUCAACAUUUUCAAGAUAUGGUUCAAAUUAUGACUACGAUUGGACUACUCGAUAUCUAACAAUCAACAGGUCAUCGUACUAUGUCGAGGCACAAAAAUGUCGCCCAAUGUAGAUUACAUAAUAAGAUAGGCACAUAAGUACCUACGGACUCUACAAUGGCAAGAAGGAUCCUUGAGAUUUGAGGAUAUUUUUCAGAUUUUACUCUCUACUCACCUCUAUAAAUUUGAGAGUGUUUUAGCCAUCACGAUAGUGUUGCUGCCAUUUCAAACGUGAAAUAAAAAAUGUACUCAAAUCGAUUUGUUUUACCCAUUUUCCAUGUGCAGAAAUUCAGAAAUAGAAAAACUAUGCAUACGUAUUUAAAUAACCCAAGCGAAGCGAGGGCGAAACCUUUAAAAAAUGUGUCAUUUAAGUUCCAAAAAAGUCGGAUAAAUCGCUUCUUUAUUAAGUCUAAAAAUUUUAAAGAUUUGACAACUUUGUAGAAAUUGACCUGCUUAAAAUACAUAUAAAUUAGACAUUUUU